GCUCGUGUUAGUUGUGUUAUCUGUCAGUUCGCACAUGCUGCGUGUGUGUUUCACAUGUGUCUCGUUCUUGUGUAGUGUAGCGGGUUGUAACCUCAGGGGAGGAUGAGCCCAAAGCCACAGGCUGUCAGAGAAGGAUGGAGGACGACAGUGAAGAGGAGAGCUGCAUCAUAUACCCAAGCCUGGUUCCUCUCGGCAGCGAGCUCAAGGCCAGGAUGCAGCAGCUUGUGGAAGAGAGGAUGGAAAUCAAUAUGUGGACGGCAGUGCUGAUUGGAUCUGGGAUAGUAAUAUCAGUCGUUGGAGUGGUUGUGUUCCUUCUUUACAGAAGAUACAAACUAUCAAAGGUGGAGGCUGGUGCUCCUCAUUAUCGUUUCAGGAAGAGAGACAAGGUGAUGUUCUAUGGCAGAAAGAUCAUGAGAAAGGUUCAGACGUUGUCGUCUCCCCCUGCCUCUAACUCAAACUCAGCCUCUCGACAGAGAGUUAGGAAGAGGACCAAAGUUCUGUCUAUAGCUCGCAAGAUCCUGCGUAUCCAGAGGGAGCCCCCCACCCUUCAGCCCAAGGAGCCCCCUCCCUGUCUGCUGGAGGCUGACCUGACUGAGUUUGAUGUGCAGAACUCCCAUCUCCCCUCUGAGGUGCUGUACAUGUUGAAAAAUGUCAGGGUGCUGGGCCACUUUGAGAAGCCUCUCUUUCUGGAGCUGUGUCGUCACAUGGUGCUGAUUCAGCUGCACCAGGGAGAGGGACUCUUCCGACCAGGUGACACCGAUGACAGUAUUUACGUGGUUCAAAAUGGCCGCCUGGAGCUGUGCAUCCGCGAGAUUGACGGUACAGAUGCUGUGGUGAAGGAAGUUUUACCAGGAGACAGUGUUCACAGUUUGCUCAGUAUCCUAGACAUUAUCACUGGCUACCCAGCACCGUACAAGACAGUGUCAGCACGAGCUGCAAUUCCCUCCACUGUCCUGCGUCUUCCAGCUGCCGCCUUCCAAUCAGUCUUUGACAAAUAUCCCGAAACUCUUGUUCGUGUCAUUCAGAUAAUCAUGGUGCGUCUUCAGAGAGUGACUUUCCUUGCCUUACACAACUACCUUGGCCUGACCACUGAACUUUUCAAUACGGAGAGUCAAGCCAUCUCCCUUGUGUCAGUGGCACAUGUUCUGGGUGAGACUCAUUCACACAAAGGCCUUCGCAGGCAGCCUUCACACUCUGAUAAUCUGGGCACCGAAAAAACGGAUUCAGAAACUACCAACUUCUCUGACAUCUCCUCCUCAAAAUACAAGAAAUCUCGUUCUCUCUCUACUCCAGUGGCUGUUACAGGUGAAAUGUCAUUCGCUCUCAACAGAGUUUAUGAGCGGGACAGUGCUGCCAAAGAAGAGACAGUGCCUCACAGUCCUGUGAAGUCUAUUCUGAAGAAGAGUGUCACAAUGCAGCACACUCCGUCAGCUGUUUACCAAUAUAGUGAUGCUGGAAAAGGAAACGUCCACCAGAAUAAAGUCAAUGCUAUUUUCCAAGCUGCCAAAAAGGACCUGCUGCAGGUCAUCCAAAUACAGGACCACAAUCUGCUGGAGGGGAGGGUGAAUCUACGCCAGGUUAAAGCUGGCACUGUUGUGGCCCGUCAGGGAGACCAGGAUGUGAGCGUGGCGUUUGUCAUCUCGGGUUUGCUCCAUGUUUACCAGCGUAUGAUUGACCGCGAAGAGGACACCCUGUUGUUUAUCACCCGACCGGGUGAGAUGGUGGGUCACCUGGCUGUUCUGACAGGCGAGCCGCUCAUCUUCACUGUCAGAGCUCACAGAGACUGCUCCUUCCUCUCCAUAUCCAAGGCUCAUUUCUACGAGAUGAUGCGCGAGGAGCCCAGGGUGGUGUUGAAUGUAGCUCACACUGUGGUGAAGAGGGUGUCCCCAUUUGUCAGACAGAUUGACUUCGCCCUGGACUGGAUGGCUUUGGAGGCUGGCCGUGCUGUCUACAGACAAGGAGACAAAUCAGACAGCACCUUCAUCGUCCUCAGUGGCCGACUUCGCUCUGUCAUUGCAAAGGAUGAUGGAAAGAAGGAGCUGGCUGGAGAGUAUGGUCGCGGUGACUUAAUAGGCGUGGUUGAGGCCCUGACACACAUGAACCGAGCCACAACAGUUCACGCUGUCAGAGACUCUGAGCUGGCCAAACUUCCUGAAGGAGCUCUGAACUCAAUAAAGAGGAGGUAUCCUCAAGUUGUCACCAGGCUGAUUCACCUGCUGGGACAGAAGAUCCUGGGCAACAUGCAGCAGAUCAACGGACCCCUGGCUGCUCGUAGUCUGGCUCUCAGCACCCCGACCAGUAAGUGGGAUGCAGGAAAUCCAGCUUCCAACCUGUCCACUGUUGCCAUCCUACCUGUAUCUGAGGAGGUUCCUCUCACCUCCUUCACUCUGGAGCUGCAGCAUGCGCUCAGUGGCAUCGGUCCCACUCAACUCCUGACCAGUGACAUUAUCAAACAGCGACUCGGCAAUGCUGCUCUGGACAGUGUCCACGAAUACCGUCUGUCCAGUUGGCUUGGGCAGCAGGAAGACAUCCAUCGUAUAGUCCUCUACCAGUCAGACUCUGGCCUCACGCCUUGGACCCAGCGCUGCAUUCGCCAGGCUGACUGCAUCAUUAUUGUGGGACUGGGUGAAAAGGAGCCCACUGUAGGCGAGCUGGAGCGAAUGUUGGAGAGCAGUGCAGUUCGAGCCCAGAAGCAGCUGGUGUUGCUGCACAGGGAGGAUGGCCCGCAGCCCAAAGGGACGGCAGAGUGGCUCAACAUGCGGAGCUGGAUCUCAAGACACCAUCACCUGUCCUGCCCCCGCAGAGUCUUCUCCAGGCGCAGUUUACCUCAGCUGAAAGAGUUGUACCAGCGUGUGUUUGAAAAAUGUCCAGAUCGUCAUUCUGACUUCUCCCGUUUGGCCAGGAUCCUGACAGGAAACAGCAUCGCCCUUGUAUUUGGUGGAGGAGGUGCCAGGGGUUGCUCUCAGGUUGGAAUCCUACGGGCAUUGAAUGAGGCAGGGAUCCCCAUCGACUUGGUGGGCGGCACCUCCAUCGGCUCCUUCAUGGGGGCGCUGUAUGCUGACGAGAAGAGCUACAGUCGCGUGAGGGUCCGGGCUCGAGAAUGGUCUAUGGACAUGACCUCAUACUUUAAGAAGAUAUUGGAUCUUACCUACCCAGUUACUUCCAUGUUUUCUGGAGCAUCUUUUAACUCCAGCAUUAGCUCUGUCUUCAAGGACAAACAGAUCGAGGACCUGUGGCUACCUUAUUUCAACAUCACAACAGAUAUCACAGCUUCCUCCAUGAGAGUCCACACUGAUGGCUCGUUGUGGAGGUAUGUCAGGGCCAGUAUGUCCUUGUCUGGUUAUCUGCCCCCUCUGUGUGAUCCUAAAGAUGGACAUUUACUCAUGGACGGAGGCUACAUCAACAACCUGCCUGCUGAUGUGGCACGCUCAAUGGGGGCCAAGGUUGUGAUUGCAAUUGAUGUUGGAAGCCAGGAUGAAACCAACUUGACCAACUACGGUGACUCGCUGAACGGCUGGUGGCUGCUGUGGAAACGAUUCAACCCACUGGCUGAGAAGGUCAAGGUCCUGAACAUGGCAGAGAUCCAAACCCGGCUCGCUUACGUUUGCUGCGUGCGGCAGCUGGAAGUGGUCAAAGACAGUGAGUAUUGCGAGUACAUUCGACCACCCAUCAACCACUAUGGCACACUAGAGUUUGGCAAGUUCGACGAGAUUGCUGAGGUUGGAUACCAGCACGGGAAGACACUGUUCGAUGUGUGGCAGCGCAGCGGGGUGGUGGACAGUAUGCUGAAGGACAGACAUCUGGAAGACUUCCACAAGACCAAACCAGGCGAUGUGGUCACCUGCCCGAACGCCUCUUUUACAGACCUGGCGGAGAUUGUGUCAAGAAUAGAACCUGUGAAGAAUGCCCUAAUCAAUGAGGAAAUCUCUGAUGAAUACCAGACAGACUAUGACGAGGAGGCGGUUGAAAGCGCUCUGUCUGACUUUGAGGCGUUCACUGCUGGCAGCGAGCAAACAGAGGGAGAGGAGACAGCGGACACGGCUGAAACAGAUGAAGAAAUUCCUAUCCGAGGUUGACCCAGCACAAAGACUGGAUCCAUCAAGGCUGCGACUACCUGCCAACUACUGGUCCACAACACACAUGUGUGAAUGAAGUAGGGUACAGACAUGUUGCUGAUACCCGUGUCCAGUGACUUGCUCAAGGAGACUUCAGCAGAACACAGAACUGUAAAUGAAUACAGUAAAUUUAAUCAAGUAUCAAAACCUGCUAGUAAAAUAAAAUAGUUUUAAUUGUGUCAAGAUCCCCACUGUGUCUCUUAGAAAGUGAUUUUAACUGUUCAGUCACAACAACCUAGGUUUGUGCUUGUCAUGGAGUUUGUGAGACACUGCGCAUCUGUGAGAAGAGUGAAAAUGGGAAAAUACCAAGAACUCCAUAAAUUCUCUGGAGGAAGUCCCAGAGCAGCAGAACAAUUUUUUUUAAUGAGCUAAUUUUGCAACAGGAUGUAAUAUUUGUUUAGCUUUUCUCAAACAUAAAUGAAAGUGUAUCUUAGUAAGGAAUUAUGAAAUUGUAUGUUAAUGCACUACAGUCUUUCAACUUACAUUUGAAAAAAGUGACUGCUUAUGGUGAUAAGCACUCACUUUUUCUUACAGUUUUAUGUAUAGCUAGUUCAUACUAUAAUAACCUCAGAGUCCUGAAGCAGUAUAAUGCAACUCAUCAUGUUUACUUAGAAGUUCAAACAGUAAACAUAUGUUCUUUGUGUGGCUGCAGUAAACUUCAAGAAGUGUUAACCUCAUUUCUGUAUGAAAAUGAGGGGAUUUCUUUCUCUCCUUUUUCAGAGCAGAGCCAUGUGCAAACUAUAGGUGUGACAAAAGAAUGUGAAAUGUGACUAAUAAACUUUCAAUAAUUUACUUCUUA